AAACAUAAUAAAAUACUAAAAGAAAUUUUAAAAGUGAGACUCUCUGAGAAAAUUAGACAGAGAGAAAGAAAAUUCUCAAGCAGAGAAUUAGGAAAAAUCUAGUAGCUGGUCUGGAGGUCUGGGUUUGAGAAAGGCGAAGGAGAAAGAAGGAUUGCCCAAAACGACCUUUUCUUGGUCAUUUGCCUCUGCGUUUGAGGCUUUCAGCCAAAUCCAGGGUUCAAUAGUUGGGGAAAUUUGAUUUCCAGGAUUUGAGUUUAUCACUUGAUAGUGAGUGUGCGUAGGUUUUGUAUGGGUUUUGAGAAGUCUUUUCUUCAUUGUGGAUUUGUUUGGAUUCUGAAGGAUCAGAAAUGAGAAAGAUUGCUUUGGUGUGUAAAGUUAUAUAUUUAUGGUGAAUAAAGGUGUGAUGGAGAUAUCAUUGUUCAAAGCACUUCUUAAUAACAUCUCCUCUUUUUUCCAUUUAUCAUCCAAUGACAACAUAAACUUGGACCCGGUUCUGAAGUACUACAAGAGAGCAGAAGAGAUAUUGAAAUUGUUGAAGACUGUACUUGAUGCCGUUAUUGAUUCUGAAAUAGCUUCUUAUGAAGUGCUUAAUAAGCCAUUUGAAGAACUGGGUCACUAUAUUGAUGAGUUGAGGGAGCAAAUUGAAGACUGGCAACCGUUGUUGAGCAAAGUCAAUCUUGUUCUGCAAGUUGAAUCUUUGAUCUCAAAGAUUUGGACUUCUGGUUUGGAUAUCUUUCAACUGUUGAAGACUUCCCAACAACAUCUUCCUGAUGAAUUGGGUUCGGCAUCUCUUGAGCAUUGCAUACAAAAACUUAAGAAUGUGGUCGAUGAACAAAUGUCAACUGUCAUUAAAGAUUCUGUAAGUGAUCAAGUGGAGGGUGUUGGACCCAGCUCAGAGAUCCUAGUGAAAAUUGCAGAGGGCCUUAGCUUGAGGUCAAACCAGGAGAUUCUUAUUGAGGCUGUAGCACUUGAAAAGUUGAAGGAGAAUGCUGAACAAUCAGAAAAGAUUGAGGAGGCGGAGUAUAUUGAGCAAUUGAUAUCCCUUGUCACCCGUAUGCAUGAGCGCCUUGUUACGAUAAAGCAGUCCCAGAGCUGCAGUCCAGUUCCAAUACCUGCUGAUUUCUGCUGUCCUCUCUCUCUGGAGCUGAUGACAGAUCCAGUUAUUGUGGCAUCAGGACAAACCUAUGAGAGGACUUUCAUCAAGAACUGGAUUGAUCUAGGCCUCACCGUUUGUCCAAAGACACGGCAAACUUUGGCCCACACCAAUUUGAUACCUAAUUACACUGUAAAGGCACUAAUUGCAAAUUGGUGCGAGUCAAACAAUGUGAAACUGCCUGAUCCCUCAAAGUCUAUGGGAUUAAAUAAAGCAACACAACUUCUUGGACAAGCAGAACAUGGUGCUCCCAAGGAUUCCCCUCCUUUUCCUCAUUCCAGGGGCAAUCAACCAAUGUCACCUGAGUCAGCUCGGUCUAUGGGUUCGCCCACUAAGAACUUGUUCUCAUCUGGUCCAUUGCAUCGGGAAAGAAGUUCGCCAUUGCAUCCUCGUUCUACAUCAGAAGGUUCCUUGUCUGGCGUAGUUGGAAAUGGGCAGGUUUUGGAUAUUGCCAGAAUAACACUAGCAAAUUCCGAAGACAGGUCUGCCAACUUAGAAGAAAGGAGUACAGAUCUAGGUAGCCAACACUCUAUGUCACCAUCUCUAGAUGAAUUUCCUAAUUCUAUUGAAGCGGAGCAGUCAUCUCAAAGCCAUAAUAGAACUGCCUCAGCUUCCAGCAUACUUUCUAACGCCAAUGGUACUCAAGGAACUCCUGUAAAUGCCAAUGGGGCCUUACAGGUGCCAAGCAAUCUGUCAGGCUACAGCAGUGAUGCUUCUGGGGAGUUGAAAUCAGAACCACAAGCUGUUGCUGCGUUGGCCACCCAACAGAGAGAGACUGAGUUGCCCACCAGAAUGGCAGAGGUAAGACCUCGAAGCCAAAUGUGGCGGCGACCAUCUGGGAGCUUAGUCCCAAGGAUAGUUUCUUCUCCAGCUGUUGAAACAAGACCUGACCUUUCUGCACUUGAAGCCCAAGUUCGGAGUCUGGUUGAGGACUUGAAAAGCACUUCACUUGAUACCCAAAGAGAGGCAACACUUCAAAUCCGGCUACUUGCCAAGCAUAAUAUGGAUAAUCGAAUUGUUAUUGCAAACUGUGGGGCCAUUAGCUUGUUGGUGGAUUUGCUCCACUCUACAGAUACGAGGAUUCAGGAGAAUGCUGUUACAGCACUUCUUAACUUGUCGAUCAAUGAUAACAACAAAACUGCAAUUGCUACUGCCAACGCAAUUGAACCUCUGAUUCAUGUCCUCGAGACAGGGAGUGCUGAGGCCAAGGAGAACUCAGCCGCCACUCUGUUUAGCCUUUCGGUGAUUGAGGACAACAAGGUUCGCAUUGGAAGGUCAGGGGCUAUUGAGCCUCUAGUUGAUUUAUUGGGGAAUGGGACUCCUAGAGGGAGGAAAGAUGCAGCCACAGCUUUGUUUAAUUUGUCAAUUUUUCAUGAGAACAAGGGUCGAAUUGUUCAAGCUGGUGCUGUGAGGUACCUAGUGGAGUUGAUGGACCCAGCAGCUGGAAUGGUUGACAAGGCAGUUGCUGUGUUGGCUAAUCUUUCAACAAUUCCGGAGGGAAGGACAGCAAUUGGUCAGGAGGGUGGGAUCCCUGUUCUGGUUGAGGUUGUUGAGUUAGGUUCUGCAAGAGGGAAGGAGAACGCAGCUGCUGCUCUUUUACAGCUCUGCACAAAUAGUAAUAGAUAUUGCAGUAUGGUACUCCAAGAAGGAGCUGUCCCCCCAUUAGUGGUAUUGUCACAAUCUGGCACCUCAAGGGCCAAGGAAAAGGCACAGACCCUCCUUAGCUACUUCAGAAACCAUAGGCAUGGUAAUGCUGGUAGAGGAUAAUUUUAAAAAUUAGAAUGUUUGGUGUCAGCCGAGAUUUUGUGUCAGCUUCUAUAGAUAAUGUGUAAAUUGGUUGGUGCAAAAUAAUUCAAUUGAAGGUUUUCUUGUGUGGAUUUAAUUUGAUUUGUAAAAAAGAGGAAAGACAAAUGAUUCAUAGAGGAUUUGUAUGAUUUCUGUAAAGUACUGCUGUGAAUUUGGGAAGAAAAGUUUAUACCUGCAAGUCUAGUUGUUGCUCUGUGCUCGGACAAGAUGAUGAUGACAAAUGAGAGAUUUGGUAUUGGUUA